GCUGCAGUUGACCGAGCGAAAGAUAAGUUGGACGCUUUUCGGAAAAGCGCACCUGCACGGCCGUCUGCGUGUGACAAUGUCGGUCUCAAAAAGCUGAAGCUCCUGGCCUGCGGUUCGACUUAGCCUGGUGCUCUGUUUGCCGAUUGAUCGACAGAGCCAGAAAGAGGGAGGGAGAGAGAGAGAGAGAGAGAGAGAGAGAGAGGCAGUGACGCCGACGCAGGCGCAGGUCGCCGCCAGAAAAAUGAGGUGGUCGGUACUUGGAACGACGCUUUUCUUAGCGGUGUCGAGCUGCCUAGGGCAGGACACUUCAACCGCACCUGUACUGCCAUGGGACAACUACAACAAUCCGGAUUAUUUCAACAGGAACCAAAACGACCCCUACGGCAGAAACCAAAAUGACCCUUUCAAAGGUCAAAACGACCCGUUCAGAAAUCAAAAUGAUCUUUUCAAUAGAGGCCAAAAUGACUUCAACAAUAGGGGACAGCCCGAAACAAGCAGAGAGAACUUUGGCUUUAAUUAUCGGCCGAGCGUACUGCAAAGCGAUAGCGCCAUCCUGAAAGAAGCCUCGUACUUCAUCGUGGCAUCGCGGAUGGUACGACCAGGUCAAGUAUACCGCGUGGCAGUGAACAUAUUGAAAAGUGCGUUGCCGAUGAUGGUUCGCGCCUCAAUUCAACGCAAUGGCGUCGAGAUCGCAGCUGCCUUUAAUGAAAUUCGCCAAGGCAUACCUGACAAAUUGAUGAUGAAAAUGCCACCGACUUCGGUACCCGGUAAUUAUCGACUUCGCGUGGAGGGCAAUUACAAUACAUUAACUGGUGGGCAGGCGUUCUACAACGAGACUCAGUUGACUUUUACUCAGAGAUCCAUGACCAUCUUCAUUCAAUGCGACAAGCCCGUUUACAUGCAGGGCCAAACUAUCAGGUUUCGCACGAUACCAAUCAACACCGAAUUAAAAGCGUUCGACGACACGGUCGAAGUACGCAUGCUGGACCCAAACCGUCGUAUAAUGCGUCGUUGGCUGAGUCGUCAAAGUAAUCUGGGUACAGUCUCGCUGUCCUACCAAUUGUCCGACCAACCGGUCUUUGGCGAAUGGAUAAUCGAGGUGAUAGCACAAGGCCAAGUCGAGGAGAAAACAAUACUGGUCGAAGAAUACUAUCAGACGCGUUUCGAGGUGAACGUCACCAUGCCGGCGUUCUUCUUCGACAGUGACAACUACGUGCACGGCGUGGUUAUGGCCAACUACACGUCCGGUGCCCCGGUCCACGGCAAUCUCACUCUCCGAGCGACCGUUCGACCCCUCGACCGAUACCACCAUGAACCCAUCGUCGACAACAACGACUUCAAAGCCAUACCUGACAAGUACUACAACUUCAACGAGUACUACCCAGCCUGGUUCAAUCCGGCCAAUCUAUACUACGAAAACACGCCAGUGCUGAGAUUCUUCAAUGGGACUUACAGGUUUCAGUAUCCGAUGAGCGAGCUGCUUCAGUACGUGCCGAGCAACAGUGACGGUCUCGAGGUGAACAUCACGGCGACGGUCGGCGAGCAUUUUCUCGAAGAAAUAAUCGUUGGCUGGUCGUGCGCUCGCAUCUACAACUCGAGCGUGCGGAUCAACUUCUUCGGUGGUUCGCCUCAAGUCUUCAAGCCGGGGAUGCCGCUGGACUUAAAUCUGGUUGCCUCCUUCCACGAUGGCUCUCCGCUUCGACCCGAGCAGCUGUUCGGAGCUCAGCUCCAGGUGCGAGCUGACAUAGAGAUGAGAAGCACCGGCCGAAGGACACUCGAGAAUCAAGUGCUCAAAGUCUCCGCGGAAAAUCCUGCUAUUUGGUCCAUGAGGGUCGACUUGAGGAACCAAUUGGCUUUGGGUGAAAACCAGCAACGCGUGCAACAGCUGCUCAACGAUGUGGUGUCGAUGCGCUUUUUUGCCGACUUCACGGACGGCGAGAUGCACCAGGCGCAUGCAGAGCUGCUCAUGCUGGCUCACGAGUCACCGAAUCAGAGACACAUCAAAGUCUGGACGUCGACGGAGAAGGCCAAAGUCGGCGAGUACCUAGUACUCCACGUGCAGUCCAAUUUCUACAUAGAGAGCUUCAAUUAUCUCAUCAUGUCCAAGGGCACGAUAUUGCUGACCAGCGACGAGGGAAUGCAGCAGACCAUCAAGACAUUCGCGGUAGCGCUCAGCCCCGAGAUGGCACCGACCGCCACAGUUGUCGUUUGGCACGUUGGCAAUCACGGCGACGUAGUCGCUGAUUCGCUGACGCUUCCCGUGAACGGUAUUUCGCGAAACAAUUUCACCAUCUUCGUAAACAACAAGAAAGCGCGUUCUGGCGAGCAAGUCGAAGUGGCCAUUUACGGCGAACCGGGUGCCUACGUAGCCCUGUCUGGCAUCGAUCGCUCAUUUUACGCAAUGCAAGCUGGCAACGAGCUAACCUACGCCAACGUGCUCGAAAAAAUGUCGUCGUUCGGAGAGCAAACCAACGGCACUCACGUGCACACUUGGCUCUACCACGCCGGCGAUCCAGAUGAAGCCGUCUAUUUCCCGUCGUCCACCUACGGCAUCGACGUCAAUCGGACCUUCGAGUACGUGGGUCUGGUUGUGUUCACCGACGCGAUUAUACAUCGUCGCCCAGAAAUCUGCAAUCGCACGCUCGGCUUCCUCGAGUGCCUCAGCGGCAGAUGUUACAGAGUCGAACAGCAGUGCGACGGUAUCUAUCAGUGCGAGGAUGGUACCGACGAAGCUCGUUGCCCGCGGGUGAACGCCACGGACAUCGCGAACUUCAGAAAAUGGCGUUUCAAUCGUAUUCAGCGUCAAUACGAAAACGUAUGGUUGUGGCGAGAUGUGAACAUCGGUCCCCACGGCCGCUAUAUUUUUAACAUCGACGUGCCCAAAACACCCGUGCACUGGAUGAUCACAGCCUUCGGCAUGAGCCCGUCCAAUGGUUUUGGAAUGCUGCCCACGGCACACGAAUACCUUGCCGUGUUGCCGUUCUACAUGAACGUCGAAAUGCCAGAUCACUGCAGGCAAGGCGAGCAAAUUGGCAUUCGCGUGUCCGUCUUUAACUACAUGCGCUACAAUAUCGAAGCUACUGUCGUACUCAGCGAUUCGAGAGACUACAAAUUCGUGCACGUGGAGGACAACGGUAUCGUACAGUCGUAUAAUCCCAGAACGUCCUUCGGCGAGCAUCAGUUCUUCAUAUGGAUACCAGCUCAAGACGCCGCGAUCGUCUACCUGCCUAUAGUGCCGGUCAGAUUAGGUGACAUCAGUGUGAGCAUUCGCGCGACGACGCUGAUCGGCUCGGAUCACGCAACGAGGACGGUUCACGUCGAAGCCGAUGGUCUACCACAGUACAGGCAUCAGUCGAUACUCUUGGAUUUGAGCAAUCGCGCCUACGUCUUCCAGUACAUGCACGUCAACAUCACGGAGACUCCGAUCAUCCCUUACGAGGAAGAUCGCUACUACAUUUUUGGAUCCAACAAGGCUACCAUCAGUGUGGUUGGCGACGUAGUCGGGCCGAUCUUCCCGACGAUGCCCGUCAACGCGACCAGUCUUAUCGGUCUACCCAUGGACUGCGGCGAACAGACGAUGUUCAGUUUUGCCGCCAACAUGUACACGACGUUGCACAUGCGUCUGAUCAACCAGCGCAACAUCACGCAAGAGAAGGACAGCUUCUACUAUAUGAACAUCGGCUACCAACGCGCCCUGUCGUUCAUGAAUCCGGACGGCUCGUUCUCGUUGUUCCGCAGCGACUGGAACAUAUCGUCGCCGAGCGUUUGGCUGACGGCCUACUGCGUGCGUAUCUUCGAGGAAGCUAGUUUCUACGAGUGGGAGAACUAUCUCUACAUCGAUCCCAAAGUCAUAUCCCAGGCGGUUUCCUGGCUACUCGAUCAUCAGACGCCCGACGGCUCGUUCUCCGAAGUCACCUGGCUGCCCGAUCGCAAGAUGAACAGCUCGUUGAACUACGACGAGGAGAACUAUUUUUACAGGCACAGAAACAUAUCGCUAACUGCGCACGUGCUCAUCACGCUGGAAACCGUGAAGGACCUGUCGGACGGACUGGGCGCCAGAGUGUCCCUCGCCGCCGACAACGCCGUCAAGUGGCUUGAGCAAAACCUCCAACUGCUGGAGUUCAAGGGUCGGCCGUACGAGAUAGCCAUAGUCGCGUACGCGCUGCUGCAAGCCAAAGCUUCCACGGCCGAGAUGGCGUUCAAUUUGUUGCGAGCCCAUCGACGCGAGGAGGGCGGCUUGGUCUACUGGGGCCGCGAGCGCGUCCCAAUACCACCGACCAAGACCGAGAAUCAGAAGCCGUUCUCGCUGCCGCGGCUGCCCUACAAGUACGACUCGGAGAACAUCGAGACCACGGCCUACGCCCUGCUGGUGCACGUCGCUCGCCAAGAAGUCGAGGUCGAUCCGAUCGUCAAGUGGCUCAACACUCAGAGGCUGACCGACGGUGGUUGGGCGUCUACUCAAGACACCGCCUGGGCCAUGAAGGCUCUCAUGGAUUACACGGUCAGGUCGAGGAUCAGGGACGUGAGUCAGCUCACCGUGACCGUCGAGGCAACCGCUCUCGCCGGCAAAAGUCAGACUCUCUACGUCAAUAAUAAGAAUCUCGCGAGGCUGCAGACUCUACAGAUUCCAGAAGCUUGGGGCACGGUGAAAGUCCAGGCGAAGGGCGCGGGCUACGCGAUUUUGCAGAUGCACGUGCAGUACAACGUGGACAUCAAGAGGUUCCAAACGAAGCCGCCAGUGCCCGCCUUCGAUUUGGUGACUUACGCCAACUUCUACGGCAGAAAUCAGUCUCACAUCACGUACCUCAGCUGCUCGAGGUGGACCAACGUCAACGAGUCGGAGAGAUCCGGAAUGGCGGUGCUCGACGUGACGAUUCCCACUGGGUACAUCGUCCAGCAGCAAAAUCUCGACGCUUACGUGCGAGCGCGCCAAGUUAGGAACUUGCAGCGAGCGCGCUUCCAGCCGUCGAAAGUCCUCUUCUAUUUCGAUUACCUCGACCAAGAGGAGACGUGCGUCAAUUUUACCAUUGAGCGAUGGUAUCCAGUCGCCAAUAUGUCUAGGUAUCUUCCCAUUAGAGUUUACGACUAUUACGCGCCUGAACUUUUUAACGAGACGUUGUUCGAUUCGCUGCCAACGUAUGUGCUCAACAUAUGCGAGGUUUGCGGUAGUUCUCAGUGCCCUUACUGCCCCAUUUACAAUGCAGCAAUGACACUAUUAUCGUCGGGCAUUUUCGUCAUAACACUGUCCCUCAUUGCAAUGAUCAACCAAUUUUUAUAAUCCAUCUUAUUUUAUACUAAAUUUUCAAUCUAUUUUACAGAGAACACAUAUCUCUUGUAAGACUUAUGAAAAAUUUGUUACUACCGAGCGCAAAUUAUAAGAAAGCUAUGCAAUUCUUGUUUUAUCUUAAAAGUUGUAUUUGACAAAUUUUAAACGUUGACAGAUAACAGUGUAUAGUCAAUAUUUUGCAGGAAUACUCUACUGUUGAUUAAAAUAUGUUUUCGUUGAUAAUGAUUCACGAGAAGUUUGUUCAUUAGAGAGACAUCAUUUUCGAAAUUCUCUAAAGCUUUUAUCGGGUAUCUUGUCGAAAACUUCGAGAUAAUGCCUAAUCAUGGUGUCUUGUACAAAUAAUACUAGUAGGAUAUAAGAAGCUCAUUGAAAGCUGGUGUACCUUAAGAACAAUUCUUCAACAAACUCAUAUUCCGUCCAUUUUUCCUACAAAAUUUUUACUUGUAGGAAUAAGCGAGAACCUCGAGAAAAAAGAUAUUUUAGCAUUAAUUUUAAGAAUACGUUAUAAAAAUCACAAAUAUUUCAGCUAGAUUGUAAAGUAAAGCAAAGUAUGCCUCCCAAGUAAAUGCAAAAGUUAUUAAAGUUUUGCUAUCCAACAAAGCGCACAAAAGUAGCAAAUAUCGCUAAUACAAACAUGCCUUUUCAUAUGAUCUGCUGUUGAUGACGUGGAAGAUUGUAAAGUUUCUUAACAAAACAUGUCAAGUAUGUACGUUUAAUUUAGAUUACGUUGACAUCGUCGACCAAAGAUCUAUCGUUUUUUAUAGAUAUGAAUUGCAUACAAAAAUGUAUAACAACGUCUCAUUAUUGUAAAAAUUUUGUAUUAUUUAUACCAACAGCUUCUUUAUGUAAACAUGUGUUUUCAAUUUUUAAUAAUUACAUAUAUAUAUAUAUCGCGCCUAUCAAACGAAUUUGGAAUUAAUAUAGAAAUUCGCUCCAUCGCAUCACUUGCAAAGUGACAUGAGAAUCAAUUUACGUAUGUUGAAUGCGUUAAUUUUUAAGUUUUUUAAUAUUUGUAUAAAUAAAUAAAAAAUUAAAAU